AUGUCUCCUGUGUCAGCAACGACAAGCCCUGUGGCAAACUCUGUUCCCAACCCAGAGCCAAUUGCUAUCGUCGGUCUCGUCUUUGCCUUACAGUUGAAUGUAGGCUGUCGAUUUCCUGGUGAAUCCGACUCUCCCGACGAAUUCUGGGACUUCCUUCUGCAAAAGAAGUCAGCCCUCUCCCGGCCGCCACUAUCGCGAUUCAACAUUGAUGGAUUUCAUUCGAAAAAGAACAGUCCCGGUUCUCUGCGUCCGGAAGGUGGAUAUUUCAUCUCGGAUACAGUUUUCGACUUCGACCCAGCCUUCUUCGGGCUCACACGCAGCGAAGCCACGGCUAUGGAUCCACAGCAAAGGAAACUACUGGAGUGUGUCUUCGAGGCGUUUGAGUCUGGUGGCAUUCCGUUGGAGCAGGUCUCUGGCUCCAACACUGGUUGCUACAGUGGCGAGAUCGACGCUGCCGUGAUGGCAACCGACAAGAUGGGCGUCCUCUCGCCUACUUCUACCUGUCACACCUUCAGUUCAGAGGCAGAUGGAUAUGGCCGUGGAGAAGGAAUUGGCGCUUUAUACCUUAAGAGGCUCUCUGAUGCCGUUCGAGAUCGUGACCCCAUCCGUGGAGUGAUCCGGGGAACAGCGGCCAACUCAAACGGCAAGACCAGUGGUAUCACGCAGCCCAGCGCCAAAGGACAAGAAGCUGUGAUGCGGGAGGCUUAUCGCUUUGCUGGAAAUCUCGAUUACGCCGAAACGUCCUACUUUGAAUGCCACGGUACCGGAACUGCUGUCGGAGACCCUAUCGAGACCAUGGGUAUCUCACGUGUGUUUUUGCCAGAUGAAACGACUAGAGACUCGCUGCUGGUGGGUGCGGUCAAGACGAAUAUUGGCCACGGUGAAGCCUCUAGCGCCAUGGCUAGCAUUAUUAAGGUAAUAAUGUCCAUGGAGAACCGGACCAUUCCCGCCACAAUCGGAAUCACCUCUUAUAACCCCAAGAUUGACUUUCGUGGCGGCAAGCUGCAAGUUGUCCAGGACAACAUUCCAUGGCCGGAAAAUUACCCAGUCCGCCGUGCCAGUGUGAACUCUUUUGGCUACGGUGGCGCUAAUGCCCACGCAAUUAUCGAAGCCGCAGACUCAGUUCUUCCUGGAUAUAGGUCUUUUGCCCGCAAGGGCACGAAAGCAAUCACCCUAUCACCUACCCUCGAUACGAUUGGUGUAAACGGUUCUCGCGUUCCGGCCAUUGAGCGUGAGGAAUUUGUCCUUCCCUUCUCCGCACACGACUUUCCCACUCUGAAAAACUCUCUGGCAAAUAUCCGGAACGUGGCUGACCAGUACGACGUAUUCGACCUAGCAUUUACUCUGAGUGAACGUCGUUCACGCUUCUUCAAUCGUGCUUUCGCUGUCGUUGGUCGAGACUCUCCGGUCGAGGAUCUGGACGAUGAUGAGAUAGUAUUCGGCAAGCGUGGCAAUGGUGCCAACAUUGCUUUCAUCUUUACUGGUCAAGGCGCCCAGUCUCCACAGAUGGGCAAGGAGCUCAUGCAGCAGUUUCCUUCUUACAUUGCCACUAUCCGCAAGCUUGAUAGUAUCCUUGCCAAUCUCGGCCAAGAUUCUCCGCGCUGGACCAUCGAGGGAGCUCUUAUGGAGCCAGCUGCAACGAGCCUCAUUCAUGAUGUCGAGUUGUCCCAGCCUCUUUGCACCGCUGUUCAGAUCGCUUUGGUCGACCUACUCCACUCAUGGGGAAUAGUACCUCGUGCCUCAGUGGGUCAUUCCUCUGGCGAAAUAGCCUCUGCUUAUGCUGCUGGUAUUUUGACCGCGGAAGAAGCAAUUGUCUUCGCCUACUACCGUGGUUGGGCUGUCGGAAAGCUGAAUGCCCAGGGUACGAUGUUGGCUGUUGGUGCCAGUCCUGAAGAAGUCCAGCCUUUCCUCCAACCCGGCGUUAUCAUUGCAUGCUACAACUCCCCUGGCAGCGUCACCCUCAGCGGUGAUACUGAUGCAGUCCUGCAAGUGAAAUCCGCGCUAGAGCAGGCCAAGAUGUUCGUACGCGAAGUGAAGACUGGUGGUCGGGCCUACCAUUCACACCACAUGAAGCAGGUUGGAACUGCCUAUGAGGAACGCGCCCAAGCCGCGAUUCAAAACUUGCCUGCGCCCGCUGGGCCAGAUUUCAUUCGAAAGGCUACUUUCUUUUCCUCUGUCACUGGAAAAGUCUUGGACAAUUUCGUCAAGCUUGACGCGUCGUACUGGCGCGCCAACCUCGAGUCCCCGGUUCGAUUUACUACCGCCAUCAAUUCAAUGCUUUCGGCAGAUGAGCUUGCGAUCAAUUACACGAUUGAGCUUGGCCCUCACUCAGCUUUAGCGGGACCUCUACGUCAGAUCCGUGACAGCUUGGGCAGGUCUUCGAAAGACCUUGAUUACUCUGCCACUUUGGUUCGUGGUGAGAAUUCAGUCACGAGGCUUCUCACCGUAGCUGGUGCUUUGUUUGUCAAGGGCUACCCCGUUCAUCUCGGCCGUGUUAAUGCGAUUGAGAAACAACAGAGCCAUGGUUUGAGCAUCGAGUACGGAACGACCAUUGUCGAUUUGCCGAGGUACUCUUGGAACUACACCGACACCAAGAACAUGCGCCUAGAGAAUCGCCCCAACAACGAGGUCAGACACAGAACUUUCCCCCACCACGACCUCCUAGGCAGCAUCCUUCCAGGCGCGAUGGACAGCCAAAGACAGUGGAGAAAUCUUCUGGACAUCAAAAACUUCCAUUGGCUAGAGGAACACAAGCUCGGCUCUCAGCCCGUCCUUCCAGCGACUGGAUACUUGGCCAUCGCUGUUGAAGCUGCAAGGCAAUACUUCCAUGGUAGAGCAAAAUUAGAUGGACCAUUUAGAUACUUCUUUCCGCACAUCACGAUCAAGGCCGCCCUGAAUCUUCCCCCAGCCGGAACAACUGUUGAAAUUCUCACCAGCGUGAGAUUCAAGAAAGUAUCCGAUUCCGUGUCUUCCAAGCAGCAGCUCACCUUCACUAUCGCCUCCUGCUUCGAGUCAAUUUGGACCGAGCAUUGUGUAGGAACUGUCCAGCGGGAGGCCGUUUUCAGUCCCGAUCCAAUCUUCGAUGUGACUGCCUUGGCGGAGCCAAAGACAUCGCACACCUGGUACAAUGGCUUCAAAAAAAUUUCUCUCAACUAUGGACCACCUUUCGCUGGACUCACAGACAUCUUGACAGAUCCUGCAUUGACGCAGUGCGUAGCUACCACUCCUAUGCUGGCCGAGGGUGUUGAUCCUCUCGAUUCUUCCUACAUUGUUCACCCGACCACCAUGGACACGUGCGUGCAGGCCAUUCUUAUUGCUGCGCACAAGGGAUCGUUGAAAGAGCUCAACAGAUCCUUUGUUCCUGUCAGCAUGGAAGACGUUUCCAUCUGGUCGAUGCACGGCGAAUCCAUUCCUCCACUUCAGACUGCAUCGGGCAAGGUCCUCGCCGAAGGCACGGUGAGCAGUUUGCGAGCGCUUCACGGUUCCUGCCAGCUCAGUAUCAACGGGAAGCCUGUUUUCGAGGCCAAGAAGAUCAAUAGCAUCGUCUAUGCCGAGGAUCUCAACCCUGAAACGAAGUUGAACCGCCAUCCUUAUCUGCGCUGCCUUUGGAAGCCUGAUAUCGAGAAGCUUUCCUCGAAUGCCCUGCAAAAGUUCUUUGUGGACGAGAAACCAUCUACGACGUCAUAUGUAGACGCUUUGCUUGAUGUCUUGGUCCAUAAAUAUCCUUCAUUGGAUAUUCUGAUUGCAGGGGCCAAGGAACCUGAGUUCUUGUACUCUAUCCUGGAAGCUGACUCUACUAUGAGGCGUUUCAAGUCCGUGACUGCACUCACUACGUCGGAAGACCAACUAGCUUUCUUUGAGAAGGCCCUCUCCACAACUGCAGCAGUCGGCCAGCUUCUUGGGGAAACUCCCACUCUCGAUGGAAAGCUUUUCAACCUGGCCGUUGUAGAGGCGAAGGGCGAUGUCCCCGAAAUUCUUUCCAGGUUGAGGUUAAUCCUAAACGCCGACGGACGAAUCCUUCUGCACGGCGACACAGAGCCAUCGAAAGACUGGACUGUUGGUCUUCAAUCUCUGGAUUUGGAGGUCUUCGGAUCUUUCACAGAGGGCAAGACAUGGGUGACCUUGAUAAACCCACUGAAGCCUCUUGCAGCUCCUCCAUUGGAUGGCCUUACACUGGUUUCCCGUACACCUGACGCUAAGAUUGCUCACAGCGUCAAACAGGAGCUUGCAAAGUACGGUCCAGUUGUUGAGACCGUUUCCCUCGCCGAUUCCAGUUUCAACUGCAGCAACAAUACCAUUGUUGUUGUUGCCGAGACGGAUGGCACCCUAUUCAACCAGUCCAUGACUGACAAGGAGCUGAAGAAUCUGCAACGCAUCGCCGAACAGGCCAGCACUGUUCUUUGGGUCACCCACGGCGAUCUUCUGGUGGGGGCUGACCCUAACGCUGCCAUUGUCAUGGGUCUGGGAAGAUGUCUCCAGUCUGAGUACCCGACGUUAGAUUUCAUCUUCUUGGACGUCGAUCACAGAGCAUCACGUCCCCUGGCCAGCCAGAUACAUACCGUCCUCCAAACUAUUGGUACGGUUUCUACCAUCGAUCGCGAGUACUUGGUUAAGAACGACACAUUCUACGUCAGCCGUCUGUCACAUGAUCGCGCCCACGACGCGGCCUUCUCUGCCCUGCUUGAUACCACAACGACCAAGCAACAGUACACCACGGACAGGAAAAUGCGCCUCAAAAUUGAGCGCCCGGGUCUGCUGGAGUCUCUCCACUUCCAAGCCGUGCCGCUCGAAGAUAGCCUUAGCCUCGACGAAGCCGAAGUGGAAGUGAAGGCCAUUGGGUUGAACAUGAAGGAAGUUGCGACUUUCCGGGGCAACUUCAACUCUUUGUCACUCAGUCACGAAGGCUCUGGUAUUGUGCGACGGGUCGGCGCCAACGUCACCAACGUUAGAGUCGGCGACAAGGUCUGCUGGAUGGCAAAGGGACUCUUCCAGAACAUUGAGACAUUCAAGGCUAAGUUUCUGCAUAAGAUCGCCGAUACUGACUCUCACGAGGAGGUCGCAACAAUGCCGCUGGCCUACUCGACAGCAGUCUAUGGUCUCCUCCAUCUCGGUCGCCUCAAGAAGGGAGAAGUAAUUUUGAUCCACUCCGGUACCGGUGGUGUAGGUCUUGCCGCUAUUCAGAUCGCCCAGAUGGUUGGCGCCAAGGUAUUUGCGACGGUCGGUACAGAGACGAAGAGGAAUUUUCUCCACGAAGCCUACGGCCUUCCUCACAGCCAAAUCCUGAAUUCUCGCGACACUUCUUUCGCUGAGGGCGUUAUGAAGGCUACUAACGGUCGCGGUGUCGACGUUACGUUGAACUCGCUCGUCCGUGAGCAGCUUCAUGCCACUUGGUCUUGUAUUGCCACUCAGGGUCGCCACAUUGAAAUUGGUCUCAAUGACAUCCUCGACUAUGGUGACUUGGACAUGAGCGUUUUCAAGCGUGGUGCGUCUUUCGCAGCUUUCGACUUUGGAGUCGUGGCCGAUGAAACGCCUGAUGUCGCAGUGGCCGUCAUGAAGGAGGUUGUCGGUUAUUUCCGUGAGGGCAAGAUCAAGCCCUUGUCACCUUCUUCUGUUUAUCCGGCGUCCGAGGUUACGAAAGCUUUUAUGCAAUUCAAUAACGCCAAACGAUGUCUGGGCGGUCUGGGACGCUGCUUUGCUCGCGAGAUGGUCCAACAAGGUGCCCGUCACUUAAUCUUCCUUGGUCGAUCUGGUGACGAGAAGCCUGAGGCUUCUGUCAUGGUUCGUCGCAUGCGUAGCGAAGGUGUGGACGUUCAAGUAAUCAAGGGCGAUGUAAGUAAGCAGGAGGACGUCCUUCGCGCCGUCAAGGCAGCCAAGGUGCCCAUUGCUGGUGUACUGCAAGGUGUGAUGGCGCUCGAUGUAAGCAAACCUCAUCCCACCAUGGCUUCUGGGGCCGGAACUUACGACAUCAACAGCUGGAAUUAUGCCAUUGAUCCCAAGGUUGCCGGUACCUGGAACCUCCACAACGCCCUGGCAGAUCAGCCUCUCGACUUUUUCAUCAUGAUCAGUUCCAUUUCUGCAAUGACUGGUGCUCCAACCCAGGGCAACUACUGUGCUGCGAACACCUUCUUGGAUUUCUUCGCUCGCUACCGUCGCCAAAUGGGUCUUCCCGCCACCACGAUUGCGCUUAGCAUGGUUCUCGAAGUUGGUUUCGUGAGCCAGAGUCUCACCAUCGAGCAGGGAAUCUCCCGCUCUGGUAUCCACGGCAUCGAUGAGAAGGACUUCAUUCGCCUCAUUGAGGCAGGUGUAGCCCCACAGCCAGACUCUAAGUGGCUGUUCGACCACUCUGCCAACUGCUUCCUCGUCUCCGGACUGGAGCCUGCCAAACUUGCUUCUGACAUCGAUGUCAAUGACUUCCGCUUUUGGCUGCAGCCACGUGUUGGGCCGCUGCUGAAUGCCAUCCUUGCAUCUGACGGUAACGACGCAGGGGCUGCCAAGGCUAAGAUCGCGCUGGACCUCCCCGGCAUCCUGGAACAGGUUAUCACCAAGUUUGCGAAGACGUUCAGUCUCGAGGCUGAGGAUAUUGAUACUACCAAGCCACUGUCAAGCUAUGGCAUGGAUAGUAUGAUCGGAACUGAUCUCAGGAACUGGUGUUAUAAGCAGUUGGGAGCUGACAUUCCUACUUCUGAUUUCAUGGGACCUUCGCUAACAGCUCAAUCGCUAGCUCAGAAAGCAUUCUCUCUUCUUUCUAGUUAA